GACCGACGCGGGGCGGUCAGACGGCAGCGGUUCUGCGAGGCGCCCGCGCGCCUCUGACUCGCUCAGGGUCCGCGGCAGUCGCCACCGCCGGCCUGUCGCCUUGCCCCGGCCUCCCGCGCUCCCGUCCGGUGCCCGCAGCCGUUCUUGAUGCCGAGUAGGGCCGCUGCGUGAUGGGGCUGCGGAGCGGCGCCCUGCGGCUCGCGGCGGCCGCUGCUCGCGCUGAGGUGCGUCGGUGCCGGGUCCGCCGCGGCUCCUGCUGACCGACCCGCACGCCCGUCCGUCCGCCCGCAGCGCGGCUGAGGAAACUUGAAUAUAACUUCAAAAGAAGAUUGGAUUUUUUAUUUGUGGAUUGCAUCUAUAUAAGAAGGCCAUCAGAAUGUCGGGAGCCUCGGUGAAGGUGGCUGUCCGGGUGAGGCCCUUCAAUUCUCGAGAGACCAGCAAGGAGUCCAAGUGCAUCAUCCAGAUGCAGGGCAACUCGACCAGUAUUAUUAACCCAAAGAACCCAAAGGAAGCCCCCAAGUCCUUCAGCUUCGACUACUCCUACUGGUCUCAUACCUCGCCUGAAGAUCCCUGUUUUGCAUCUCAAAACCGUGUGUACAAUGACAUUGGAAAGGAAAUGCUCUUACAUGCCUUUGAGGGAUACAAUGUCUGUAUUUUUGCCUAUGGACAGACUGGUGCUGGGAAAUCUUACACAAUGAUGGGUAAACAAGAAGAAAGCCAGGCUGGCAUCAUUCCGCAGUUAUGUGAAGAGCUGUUUGAGAAAAUCAAUGACAACUGUAAUGAAGAAAUGUCCUACUCUGUAGAGGUGAGCUACAUGGAAAUUUACUGUGAGAGAGUGAGAGAUUUGCUUAAUCCAAAAAACAAAGGUAAUUUGCGUGUUCGUGAACACCCCCUUCUGGGACCCUACGUAGAGGAUCUGUCAAAGCUGGCAGUCACUUCGUACACAGACAUCGCUGACCUCAUGGAUGCUGGGAACAAAGCCAGGACAGUGGCAGCGACCAACAUGAAUGAAACCAGUAGCCGUUCCCACGCUGUGUUUACCAUUGUUUUCACCCAGAAGAAACAUGAUGCUGAGACUAACCUUUCCACUGAGAAGGUCAGUAAAAUCAGCUUGGUGGAUCUAGCGGGAAGUGAACGUGCUGAUUCAACUGGUGCCAAAGGGACUCGAUUAAAGGAAGGAGCAAAUAUUAAUAAGUCUCUUACAACUUUGGGCAAAGUCAUUUCAGCUUUGGCAGAGGUGAGUAAAAAGAAGAAGAAAACUGAUUUUAUUCCUUACAGAGAUUCUGUACUUACUUGGCUCCUUAGAGAAAAUCUAGGUGGCAAUUCUCGGACUGCAAUGGUUGCUGCUCUGAGCCCAGCAGAUAUCAACUAUGAUGAAACUUUGAGUACUCUGAGAUAUGCAGAUCGUGCAAAGCAAAUUAAAUGCAAUGCUGUUAUCAAUGAGGAUCCCAAUGCCAAACUGGUUCGAGAAUUAAAGGAGGAGGUAACACGGCUGAAGGACCUUCUUCGUGCACAGGGGCUGGGAGACAUUAUUGAUACAUCCAUGGGGUCCCUCACUUCAUCCCCAUCUUCCUGCUCACUCAAUAGUCAAGUGGGCUUGACGUCUGUGACCAGCAUUCAGGAGAGGAUCAUGUCUACCCCUGGAGGAGAAGAAGCCAUUGAACGUCUGAAGGAAUCGGAGAAGAUCAUUGCUGAGUUGAAUGAAACCUGGGAAGAGAAACUUCGUAAAACAGAGGCUAUCAGAAUGGAGAGAGAGGCCUUGUUGGCUGAAAUGGGAGUUGCCAUUCGAGAAGAUGGAGGAACCCUAGGGGUUUUCUCACCUAAAAAGACCCCACACCUUGUUAACCUCAAUGAAGACCCACUGAUGUCUGAGUGCCUGCUUUAUUACAUCAAAGAUGGAAUCACAAGGGUUGGCCAGGCAGAUGCUGAGCGGCGCCAGGACAUAGUGCUGAGUGGGGCUCACAUUAAAGAGGAGCAUUGUGUCUUCCGCAGCGAGAGGAGCAACAGUGGGGAAGUUAUCGUGACUCUAGAGCCCUGUGAGCGCUCAGAAACCUAUGUAAAUGGCAAGAGGGUGGCCCAGCCUGUUCAGCUGCGCUCAGGAAACCGUAUCAUUAUGGGUAAAAACCAUGUUUUCCGUUUUAACCACCCUGAGCAAGCACGAGCUGAGCGGGAAAAGACUCCUUCUGCUGAAACCCCCUCUGAGCCUGUGGACUGGACUUUUGCUCAGAGAGAGCUUCUGGAAAAACAAGGAAUUGAUAUGAAACAAGAGAUGGAGAAAAGGCUACAGGAAAUGGAAAUAUUAUACAAAAAAGAGAAGGAAGAAGCAGAUCUUCUUUUGGAGCAGCAGAGACUGGACUAUGAGAGUAAGUUGCAGGCCUUGCAGAAGCAGGUGGAGACCAGAUCCCUGGCUGCAGAAACAACUGAAGAGGAAGAGGAGGAGGAGGAAGAAGUUCCUUGGACCCAGCAUGAAUUUGAGUUGGCCCAGUGGGCCUUCCGGAAAUGGAAGUCUCACCAGUUUACUUCAUUAAGGGACUUACUCUGGGGCAAUGCUGUGUACCUAAAGGAAGCCAAUGCCAUCAGUGUGGAACUGAAGAAGAAGGUGCAGUUUCAGUUUGUUCUGUUGACUGACACGCUGUACUCGCCUUUGCCUCCCGAGUUACUUCCCACUGAUAUGGAAAAAACUCACGAGGACAGGCCUUUCCCUCGCACUGUGGUGGCAGUAGAAGUCCAGGAUCUAAAGAAUGGAGCAACACAUUAUUGGUCUUUGGAGAAACUCAAGCAGAGGCUGGAUUUGAUGCGAGAGAUGUAUGACAGGGCAGGGGAGAUGGCCUCUGGUGCCCAAGAUGAGAGCGAGACCACUGUGACUGGCAGCGAUCCGUUCUAUGAUCGGUUCCACUGGUUCAAACUUGUGGGGAGUUCCCCCAUUUUCCACGGCUGUGUGAAUGAGCGCCUUGCUGACCGCACGCCCUCCCCUACUUUUUCCACGGCUGAUUCCGACAUCACUGAGCUGGCUGACGAGCAGCAAGAUGAGAUGGAGGAUUUUGAUGAUGAGGCAUUCGUGGAUGACACCGGCUCUGACGCAGGGACGGAGGAGGGAUCAGAUCUCUUCAGUGACGGGCAUGACCCGUUUUACGACCGAUCCCCUUGGUUCAUUUUAGUGGGAAGGGCGUUUGUUUACCUGAGCAAUCUGCUGUAUCCUGUGCCCCUGAUCCACAGGGUGGCCAUUGUCAGUGAGAAGGGGGAAGUGCGGGGAUUUCUGCGUGUGGCUGUCCAGGCCAUUGCAGCGGAUGAAGAAGCUCCUGAUUAUGGCUCUGGAAUUCGACAGUCAGGAACAGCUAAAAUAUCUUUUGAUAACGAGUACUUUAAUCAGAAUGACUUCUCUUCUGUUGCAAUGACUCGUUCUGGUCUGUCCUUGGAGGAGCUGAGGAUUGUGGAAGGACAGGGUCAGAGUUCUGAGGUCAUCUCCCCUCCAGAAGAAAUCAAUCGAAUGAAUGACUUGGAUUUGAAGUCUGGCACUUUGCUGGAUGGCAAGAUGGUGAUGGAAGGGUUUUCGGAAGAGAUUGGCAACCACCUGAAACUGGGCAGUGCCUUCACUUUCCGAGUAACCGUGUUGCAGGCCAGUGGGAUCCUCCCAGAGUAUGCAGAUAUCUUCUGCCAGUUCAACUUUUUGCAUCGCCAUGAUGAAGCAUUCUCCACUGAACCCCUCAAAAACAAUGGCAGAGGGAGUCCCCUGGGCUUUUACCACGUGCAGAAUAUUGCAGUGGAGAUCACUGAAUCCUUUGUGGAUUACAUCAGAACCAAACCGAUUGUGUUUGAGGUCUUUGGACACUACCAGCAGCACCCACUCCACCUGCAGGGGCAGGAGCUGAGCAGCCCACCUCAGCCGUCUCGCCGGUUCUUCCCUCCACCCAUGCCGCUGUCCAAGCCAGUUCCAGCCACCAAGUUAAACACCAUGAGCAAAACCAGCCUUGGCCAGAGCAUGAGCAAGUACGACCUUCUGGUUUGGUUUGAGAUCAGUGAACUGGAGCCUACAGGAGAGUAUAUCCCAGCUGUGGUUGACCAUACAGAAGGCUUGCCCUGCCAGGGGACAUUUUUGCUUCACCAGGGCAUCCAGCGAAGGAUCACAGUGACCAUUAUCCACGAGAAGGGGAGCGAGCUGCACUGGAAAGAUGUUCGGGAACUGGUGGUCGGCCGGAUUAGGAAUAAGCCUGAGGUAGAUGAAGCCGCAGUUGACGCCAUCCUCUCCUUAAAUAUUAUUUCUGCCAAGUACCUGAAGUCGUCCUAUAACUCUAGCAGGACCUUCUACCGCUUUGAGGCUGUGUGGGACAGCUCUCUACAUAACUCCCUUCUUCUGAACCGAGUGACACCUUACGGAGAAAAGAUCUACAUGACCUUGUCGGCCUACCUGGAGCUGGAUCAUUGCAUCCAGCCCGCUGUCAUCACCAAGGACGUCUGCAUGGUCUUCUAUUCCCGAGAUGCGAAGAUCUCACCUCCACGCUCCCUGCGCAGCCUCUUUGGCAGUGGCUACUCAAAGUCACCUGACUCCAAUCGCGUCACUGGCAUUUAUGAACUCAGCUUAUGCAAAAUGGCAGACACAGGUAGUCCAGGCAUGCAAAGGAGGAGAAGAAAAGUCUUAGAUACAUCAGUGGCAUAUGUGCGGGGAGAGGAGAACUUGGCAGGCUGGAGGCCCCGCGGAGAUAGCCUUAUUCUGGAGCACCAGUGGGAGCUGGAGAAGCUGGAACUCCUACAUGAGGUGGAGAAAACCCGCCACUUCCUGCUGCUGCGUGAGAGACUUGGUGAUAGCAUCCCCAAAUCCAUGAGUGACUCAUUGUCCCCCAGCCUCAGCAGUGGGACCCUCAGCACCUCCACCAGCAUAUCCUCUCAGAUCUCAACCACCACCUUUGAAAGUGCUGUCACACCCAGCGAGAGCAGUGGCUACGACUCAGCAGACAUCGAAAGCCUGGUGGAUAGAGAGAAAGAGCUGGCUACCAAGUGCCUGCAACUUCUCACCCACACGUUCAACAGAGAAUUCAGCCAAGUGCACAGUAGCAUCAGUGACUGUAAGCUGUCUGAUACCUCCCCAAUUGGACGGGACCCCUCAGAGUCCAGUUUUAGCAGUGCUACUCUCACUCCCUCCUCCACCUGCCCCUCUCUGGUAGAAUUCAGGAGCAACUCCUUGGAUCAGAAGACCCCAGAAGCCAAUUCCCGAGCCUCUAGUCCUUGUCCAGAAUUUGAACAGUUUCAGAUUGUCCCAGCUGUGGAAACACCGUAUUUGGCCCGAGCAGGAAAAAAUGAAUUUCUCAAUCUGGUUCCAGAUAUUGAAGAAAUUAGACCAGGCUCAGUGGUCUCUAAGAAAGGAUACCUGCAUUUCAAGGAGCCACUUUGCAGCAACUGGGCUAAACAUUUUGUUGUGGUCCGUCGCCCUUACGUCUUCAUCUAUAACAGUGACAAGGACCCAGUGGAGCGUGGGGUCAUCAACCUAUCAGCAGCGCAGGUGGAGUGCAGCGAGGACCAGCAGGCCAUGCUGAAGACACCCAACACUUUUGCUGUCUGCACCAAGCACCGUGGGGUCCUUUUGCAGGCUCUCAAUGACAAGGACAUGAACGACUGGUUGUAUGCUUUCAACCCACUUCUUGCUGGCACGAUACGGUCAAAACUCUCCCGCAGAUGCCCAAGCCAGCCGAAAUACUAAGUGACCCUGCUGAGUGCCCUCGCUGGCCUGUGAGAGAUAAAGAAAGUGUUGCUCUCGUUCUCUUUGUGAUUCUUGACGGUGACUCCUGUAUGUAACCCUGUGGCCCCCACUUCUCCCUCCUCGUCUGGACUUCUCCAGCUCUCCUGUGCCCCAUCUCCAUUGCUCUGUACUCUUUUCUUUUUUCCUGUGCUGAGAAUCUUCUUAGUAGCAUGUGGCCUAACAAAAGGAAAAAAGACUAAAAAAAAAUCCAUACACAAAAAACCCUGAGGGGAUCCAGUGAUUCUCCAAGUCACUUUUUGGUGUAUUUUGACCUCCUUUUGUAUGAUAGGUCCCCAUACUGACCACUCUGAUGUCUGUACUGCUGUCUGUGGAUACCUUUGUCUUUUUUUUCAAGCCACAUAAUGAUUUUUUUUCUCUUCUUUGUGUGUGAUACCACUUUAAUUUUUUCUUGGGUGGCUUAGAGACUAAGGGAGGAGACAUCUGGCCUUUCUAAAACCUGAGAAGAAAAAAUUUAAACUUUUUUUUUUUUUCCCCUUCUGUCUCUUUGCCAUGGCUAAUCCCUGCAUUUCCAUGCAGGGAGAAGGUUGUGGUGGUGAGCUUAGAAAUGGGACAGUUACUAUGUUCUCUGAGUCAAAAUUGGCACACAUUCAGAGCACAGUUGUGGAAUUUUCAUUUCCUGGAAAAGAGAAGAGAGGUCUGGGACAGUAGCUGCUGUUGACCCUGUGAGAAGGGUCAGAGACACAGCCCGGGGAUUUCAGGGACCACUAGAUUUGGCCAUGCGCUGUGAAGGUGGCUGUCACAGCAGGAUUCCUGCAAACUGUUUCUGUGUUGGGAGGGAGGCUGCUCUUAGGAGCUACUCAGUUCUGCUCUUGGCCUUGGAGGCUAUGGUACAGUUUGGAAUUGGUGCGGUGUCAUGCACAGAUAUUCCACAAGGGGGGAGUGUUUCACCUUCUGAUAAUAAACUUGAUGGUCAUUGUCAUAAGACAGUGCUGAGUAGUGACCUUGAGAUUAUUGUAGCACCCUUUGAUCAAAGAAAUGUGAUUUUCAAGUACAAACUUAGAAAUGUCGUGCUGAAUCAGUCCAGCAUGGUUUCCAGUGAUGCUCAGCUCCCUGUACUCAUAAGUAGGCAAAUAUGGCAGGCUUUGCUUUCUGGAUCCCAGGAUUAAAACCAACCUCCCACCAUCACCACAAACAGAACAAAAGAUCCCAAGGGGGUAAGGAAAAGCGUUGCUAACACACUGCUCUGUUGCUUCUGCUUGGGUGUGGUGUCCUCUGCCAGACUAGGCUCAUCUGGCUUCCAGAGACCAUCACAGAAGAUGACUGUCUUUCAGCUGCCAGUAAGUUUUACAGGAUGACGUGGGGAACAGAAAGCCUCCCGUGACUUCAGUUGCUUGGCCAGUUGACUUGAGGUUGUUUUGAACCAUUCUUUCUUUCCCCUGCUCAGCCAUUCAGGAAGGUAUCUGCCUGCUCCCACUUCGCAAGGCCCUGAGGUUCUUGGCCUUGAGUUGCUGACUCAGGUGACUGGCAGCUGGCUUACUUUCUACUCCCACAGUGAGGGCCGCAUGCGUGUGCCCCUCUGCAGAGCAGUUGCCAGGGAGCCGGUCAGCACCUAGACCCUUCUGACUUCCUGGCAGGACUCCUCUCUGAAGAAGGGUCUCCAGCCUCGCUUAUUAGAGCUGCCUUGCAAAGAGGAAGAAUGACUCAUGGAGAGCUUAAUAAAGGAAGGGGUUGAAACCACAGACUGGCCGCAUCUGAAAAGGGACUGAUGAAAGCACUGAUGAAUUCUUACAAACUUUCUUCCUAACUCUAAUGUUAUUUGUUUUCUAAGUGGUAUGUGCGAUUUCUAAUAUAGAUGGACGUUUCUUCGUUGUCUGAUGGACACAAUGUGCCCUUCUGGUACAUAUCCAAAUCCAGCAAGGUCUGUUAGAGCUUCAGGAAGCCCUGCUGGACUGGAAUGAAAUCUAAUUUCAGGGAAAUGAAGAUGGAGUUGAAGGUCAUUUAAAAAAUGAAAUCACUGAUGUUGCUGCUGUUAUGAAGUGUGACAGAGGACCCAUGUCUGUGACCAGGGAGGGUAGGGGGAGAGAAGCCGAAGGGAGAGUGCGAUAACACAACACAUGGAAUGACUUCGUUUUUCUUCUAACUCAAACACAACUGGUUUGGAAAGUCUUUGCUUUGGAAAUGUCAGACUUCAGAACUCCCUGGGCUGUCUGUUCAUUACGUGCCCAGAGAAGAAUGCUCGUUAGGAAGCCAGAGGAAGCAAGUCGUGUCCUGUGGGGCUGCAGCGGCGUGCUUCCCCAUCUGAGGAGCCUCCACAGUGGCCGACAGGUGUAGAUGGCUCCUUUUGGGUCCCCGGUACUUUCAGGAUGGAUGUUCCCUUUCUGAACAGAGCCAUCCCCACUGCGAAGCUCUGAGAGAAGAUUUAUGGCAGGAACUAUUUAUGAGGUUUUAGCUAUUGCCAUAGUGGUGGGAAAGUUAAGAAAUCUAAUCCUUAUGGAAACUACCUUUUAAGGUGACUUUUUAUUUAUUUUCCUUAAAGCACUCCUUUAAACAGCCAAAGAAUAACAAAGGCUAGAAAAAGAAUUCACAAAUUAAGAGAAAUGAGUGCUAGUUAAAGCUAAUCGUCUCCUUCCCUCACUCCCUCAUCUGCUUUUCUCCUGCCAAAGCAAAACACCGCCUCGCAGCCAGCCCUGCAGUGCUCUUGCCCUCCCUGUCCCUGUUGCUGCCUAGGAGUCAGCCAGCUCCCAGGCCGGGCCACACGGGGCCUGCCAGCCCAUGCCUGUGGUCUGGAGCACGGGGCCUCUGAGCUCCAGAGCACUGUUCACACGGCGAAGGCGAGAGGAAAUGCAAUGCACUUUCCACACUAAGAAACCACUAUUAUUUGAUAUAUUUUUUCUCUUCAGAUACAUAGAAUUUAUAUAACUACUCAUAUUUUUGAUGGAUUUUUCCGACUAAGGUGAAGGAAUAAAUUAAAUCAUUGUGAAUGGUUUGGGAAGUCUAAAAACAAGAUGACUUUUCCUGGCACAUAUUUCAAAGCAAAGACUCUGUUGCCUGCUGCUUAUUGUCCUAUUUACAGGGAUAUUUAAUUGUGUAGGUCUGUGUGUAUUUAUAUAGCCGUAAUGAAUUGCACGGUGGCCUGGGCGAGAAGGGCCCUGCUGGGCAGCCCUGUCGGUGUCUCUCUGCGUCUCCCUCACGCCGGACUCCAGUGGGCAGGAUCAGGGCUUAUCUGUUUGACUUGGGUCCUUGAGUUUUCCUUUUGGUUCCCUUUUAAAAAUGUGAUUGUUAACCUGCUUCUUAAAAAGAAAAGACUAAUUCUGCUGCUGCUCUCAGAAUGUUUGCUGAAUGUGUUUAAAGAGGACUCUAACUUGUAUGCACUACAACUGUUCACCAUGGCCGUCGAUACACCUGGGUGCUGGGCCAGACCACGACCAUAUGUAGCAGGAAUGUAUUAAUUUGUGCGUCGUUAGUGAGCAGAAAUAUCAGUUGAGAGAUUAUUUGCUGUUAUUGUUCAAAAGGCCAUUUAUGAAAUUAGUAUUUGAGCCCCAUAAAAUCUUAAGAAAGCCUCCAAACCAUUAAAGGAAGAAAUUCAGGUUGGUACAAAAUUCUUGUUAAAAACUCACAGCGAAACGGCUGUGCUCAGAUAAGAAGUCUGAACCGAGGUUGGUCUCUCGCCAAACCCUGGCUGUUGUGUGUUGUUUUUCAUGUCUUUGAGUUACUUUGUUUUCAUGCUGAGCAUUUGGCAUCAGUUCACCGAAGAACCCAUCAGCCUUCUGGUGUUUAAAGCAUCGUCUUAACUUGUGGCUCUGAAGUACUGGUCUGUUGAGAUGUCAAGUCUCUCGUCACCAUCCGUGCACACUACAACAGAACUCAUGAUGCAUAAGUGGCCUUUCUGAACCAAGACUUCGCAAACUGAUCUCUCCCCAGUGAAGGAGUUGAGCACAUUAGCAACAAUGUACAUUAUUAAUUUUGGAUUUUCAUUUCCAUGUUUUAUUUUGUAAAUAUUAUCUGAUGUUUGGAGCUUGAGUAUACAGAAUGUAAAUAUAGUUCUUGUAUUUGUACUAAUUCUGAUUCCUUUGCUGUAUAGCCUUAGGUGUGCAAUGCAGACAUUAUCUAACUGUGUAUGGUAACAUUACAUCACGGAACUAUUAGUGAACGAGGUAAAAUAAUAAAGGUACAACCGGUACAUC